UUGCAUGACAACGGGGAGAGGAGGUCAUGAUGGAGAGAUGCAGAGAGAAAGUGGGAGAGAGAAAAAAGGAACAAGGCAGGGAGAACUGAGAGGAGCAUCUGAGAGGAUAACUGCUUGUUUGCUCACUCUUGUCUUCUUGCUCCCCCUCCUGUCCUUUCACUUCCACUCACAGCACAAACGCACAGACAACUAGGUAGGCACAGCGAAGCGCCAAGCUGAGGGAUGGAGAAAAAGGUUCCCACGUGAAAGGCAUGUCUCUAUGGGAGAAGAGGAGGGUGAAAUAGAGGAAGACACAAUAAGAGGAGAGGAGAAAAGAGUUAAGGAGGAAAGGAGCAGAUGGACUCAGGAAAGGAAGCCGUGUGAAGCUCUCCCAGCAGCAGUGACAGAAAGGUGGGGAUAAAAGCAAGCAUGAGAGAUGGAAGACUGGGAGGAAGCAACGUGAAGGAAUAGCAGAGAAGAGGAGCGAGCGCUUGUGGGAGAAAGACAGCGCAGAGGGCAACAGGAAGAGAGAGAUGUGGAGCUCAUGCCAGCUUCAACUAUGAGAGAAUGACUCAAUGACAGAGGAGCUGACAAAACAAAGAAAGAGAACGUGAUAAAAUCAAAACGGAAAGAGACGGCUUAAAGAAAAAUUCCAGAAGACAGACCAUUAUGGGGAAGCGCUCAUGCCCAUCACAUACUUUGACCAUUCGAUCUCCUGAGGGCUGAGAGGACAAAACAGGUUGGAAAGGGCGACCUGCCAAAUAGAUGAGCCAAAAGAUGGACAAAAUGCAUUACCUACCUGUCUUCUUAUUUGCAUUUAACAUCUCUGGCCUCAAUAAGAGUUCGCCUCCAUGGAAGCUUAAAGAGAAAUGAGAAUAAGAAACAAACAUGCACAACUUCAUAUGACAUGAAACAGUAUGGAUAUCAACAUCUUAAAGAGUAUUUGAAGCUACACAUAUUUAUUUUUGUACACGUAAAGGUAGAGAUCCAUAAUUUCUGCUGAAGUUAUCAUUAGUAACUGUGAUCUUUUUUACUUUCUGUGCUUGAUAUUGUUUCACCUUAAACUGUGGAUGUAGUUGUCCAUCUUUUUUUGAGGACAAUCUUCUUUGCAAAGGUGUACAAAGGAGCAGAGCAUCAAAACACAAUCCUCUAAAGGGACUAAUAUAACUUCUGUCUGUUCUGUGUUAAACCUGGAAUUCAGUCAGUCAAUUGUACAGAUCUCUCAUUGCUGUGAUGAACAAAUAGUAAGAGAAAGAACUUUCCUUGACACACUAACAAAACAAGUUUUUCACAACUGCAAACUAGCCUGCAAAGCCUGUGGAUGUUGGGGAGCAAGGAAAGGAGGCUGGAGAAAUGGUGAGCAAAGAGCCCAACCACUUGCUCACGCGCCAAAACAACGGCAAGAGCUCCUUGGCGGACAAGCUGCCUGGGACAAUGACUGUGCGCUCUGUGCUGCUCAAUAGAGACUCUCCAGAUAUUGAGAGUCGCCUCAAGCGGCGCCGUAACCGCACACACCAGGUUCGUUUUAAAGACCUUGAGGAUGGCAGCAGCAGCAGUGGUAACAGUGGAACGGGUGAAAAUAAUGGUCAUCAGAAGCCUGCCACAGACUGUGGAAGCCCCCAUCCACUUCGCAAACACAGCAGCAGGACACCCAAGCCAUGGACUGAGAGGCUGCAUCCUGAGGGUCUACCUGGCCAAACUUCUGUUGUGGGGGCUGUGCGUGGGGACAUGGCCAGUACUAUAGAGAAGGUUGCUGCUUUUUUAGCCAGGGCACCUCCUCAUCCACUGACACCUGGUCCUACACGUCGAUGCUGGGCACCACCACAAACUAACUCCCUAACUUUGCCAAUGACACGCCGGCCAAGUACAAGCACCAGCACAGGCAUCCAGACAUCGCCAUGCCUCAAAAAACACCAGUCACUUUCUUCCACUCACACACGUAGCCAUAGCAUUGGGGACUCAGUUGGCGUAGAUGGGGAUGAUGAACAUGACUCUCAAGAUGAGUAUCUUUCACAUAACCACGUGUUGCUGCCUGGGUCCAAAGAUCAGAGCAAACCUCCUGCCACUGGGGAUAAAACUGUGGUGGAACGAAGAUCUAAAGUAUCAAGGACAGACAGUAAGUCACAGGUUACUGUAAAAACCUCAAGACACAGCUGUCCACCUUCUGUCCUUCAGAGCACUGAGCCAUGUCACUGUUCCUCUGUAGCCUCCAGAGAUGGACCCAAGCGUCAGGGAAGCAGCACUCCAUCACUGGUCAGGAGAAGAAAGCGACUAAACAGGACAACAAGUGAUCCUGGAAAGGAAGUGCAUUACUGCACCACUCCCACACAGACUGAAAGUCCUUGUCCAUCCCCUCCACCAUCAAAUACUAAACUCUGUACAACUCAAGUUCAAACUGAGAGCCCCUCUCCACCUUCAAAUUCAAAGUACUGCACUGCCCAGAGUCAAACUGAGAAUCAACAUGAGGGUUCACCUUUGAGUGGUGAACAAUGCACAACACAGAAUCAAACCACCAGUUCUGGUCCAACCCUACCUCCAAAUACUGAGCAGUGCACCACUCAAAUACAAACAGACUCUCCCUGUCACGCUCCUCCAAAUCACGAACUGUGCACUACGCCAACACAAACUUACAGCUCCUUUGCUUCCACACAACUGACUGCAUCACCCAGCUUGGUGCAAAUUCAGUCAGACAGCCCUGCAUCCCUACCUGCAACUCAAACCCCUCCCUCCUCCCAAAUUACUACUGUGCCUUACUGUAUUUCUCCCCCACCUACAACUGCACCAGUACAAACCCUUGAAGACUGCACUAAGCCACCUUGCUCAUCUUCUUCCUCCCCUUCCAAGCCAGUUUGCACCAAUCCUCCUCCACCUAAUUCCUUAUCUAUUCCUUCCUCCAUCUCUGCACCUACUGCAGCCCAACACCCUAUCCCUUAUUAUACUGUUGUGUCACCACCAACAACCCUCAGCACAGCCACUGUCUGCUCUAACCUUUCUUCACCUGCACCACCAUGUCCUUCACAAAAUUGUACUUCUCCUACACUAAACCUAAUAUCAUCCCCUUCUUUAACUUGUUCAACUCCUACCCCAACAAUAACUCCUAUUUUAACUACUACCCAAACAAUAACCUCUAAUUUAACUUCUACCCCUACAAUAACUCCUUUUUUAACUCCUUGUGGCCCUGUUAAACAUCCAGCCACUGAUCCAAAUAUAACACAUCAGCCAUCAUCAGGUGUAUCAAAUGCAACACCACCCACAAGUCUAACACCAUGUACAUUUGUGACUCAAACUGCCCUGUCGUGCACCUCCAUAUCAUACUAUACAACCACACAUCCAGCCGGUGCCCAUGCGCCUCACUUAAAUCCAGCUUUACCCUCUUAUGCCACAGUCAUACAAACUGUUUCUCACUGUAACAUCCCAUGUCAAGCUCUUCAGAAUAACUCCUCAGCCAAUACGGGCAUAACCCCCUACUCCUCCCCAGUGCCAAAACUAAAAUCUUGCACUUCUCCACCUCCACUUUUGAAAACUUACGUAUCCACUCUUCAAAAUGCCCAAUCUUGUGUGACUCCCACUAAAGCUGUCCCUCUAUAUUCUUCCACAUUUCGUGCUGCGCCACCCUACACGCCCCCCUCUCAGGCCCCCUACAAUGCUCAGGAUAAGAGGGGCAUUCGACUCCCACCUCCUCCCCCACCUCCCCCACCAUACACACCACGGAAAAAGGGAAAUGAGCCACAAGGUCCUGCAGUCCGAACACCCAUGCUCAGGGUCUCUGAGAAGGAGAAAGAUAAAGAUAAGGAGAAGGAGAAAAAGGAGGAUGCAAAAUGUACAGACUCACCUAAGCUCUGUGAGAGAGCCAGCUCUCUGAAGCACAGAGCUCAAACCCCGCCAGUUGCUGUGAUGAAGGGAGAGAGGCCCUCGCCUGCCUCCUCCCCUGCCAAGGCCUGUUUUAAGUCCAGCUGUCUUAGCUCAGCCCAGGCUCAGCUUGGGGUGCUACACAAAAUGCUCUGCUCAGGAGCCAACGCAAGACCCAACACACCCAACAGCCAACGCACGCAUCCCCCAAACCAACAGGGUUGCUCUGGAGGCAGGGGCUGCUCUGUGUCUGGUGAUCAGCCUACAGCUGGACCCCUGACUUCCACCCAAGCUGACACUCUAAGACAAGUCCAAGAAAUUCUGGGAGGGUUGAUGUCAGGGGCCAGGUGUAAGCUUGACCCAUCAAGAGUGACAGAAAAGCUGUUGAGUCCUAAUGGGCCCCUGCAUGACAUACGUAGCCUGCAGAACCAGCUCCAUAGCCUGGAGGGGGUCCUAGAGACAAGCCAGAACACCAUUAAGGUUCUGCUGGAUGUAAUUCAAGAUCUUGAGAAGAAGGAAGCAGAAAGAGAUGGAAGACAUUCUUACAGAACCGGACAGGAUAUUGAGAACUGUGGGACCUGCAGGGACUGUGCCUGCAUCAUCUACAGUGUAGAACAUGACUUUCGUCUGCAGGAAGGGCAGGUGGUGCGCACUUGGAAGGUGGGCGACCCUCCGGAGGGCUCACCACAGACUCCAACUCCCCAGCCCGCAAUGCCUCACCAACAAGACUCUCCACAACCAGUACGACCCCCUGCCACCACCAAGAAGAACAGGAAAAAAUGCUUCUGGUUCCUCUGAGUCCCAGAAGAGAGAGAAAAAGACAUUUUGAUACUGUAAUGCACUGCACGCCCUUCUUCAAAAAGGAUAACACUUGAUUUGUUUGAAAGAAGAAAAUAUUGUGAAAUGAACUGGAGGAUUCAAAUCCAAGCAUAAAACAGUGGGAAGAUAAAGUGCGAUAAAGGUUAUGAUUUUAUCUGUUUCUGUUAGAGUUGAUGAGCUGGACUAGACGGCACAUGUUGUUACUGUUUUCUUAAAUGCCUCUUCAGCACCUACAGAUUUUUAACUGGUGUAGGAAAAUAAAAGUGCUGAAGUCAAAUAAAAGCAAAAGUUCAGUCCAUUAAAUGACUCACUGUUAGGGAAGCAAUUAGGAGAUAUAAAGAGAAUAUAUACUGUCAGGGGGGCACAUAACAAGAGGCAAUGCAGCAGAUAGGAUGGAGCAUAUUUAUAAAGGAUUAGAUUAAUAGAUUAUAUGGUUACAGAAAGAAAGAGACAGAAAAGACAAAUUAAUCUCCAUUAAUGGACUAAUGAGGGUCAGAACACCAGCUUUUAUAUUUUAAAAAAAGAAUUAUUAUGACCCCUACUUAAAACUUUUAAUAUAUUGUAACUGAAAAAAUACUACAUGUGUCUACAUGCACAUACAUCACACACAAACACAGACAAACAAAUAAACUGACAUAUUUACAUAGAAAGCAUAUGUGAAUUGAGAAAAGGAUGAAUUAAGUUCUGUAUAUAUCAGAGCUAUUCUGCUUGGAUGCUUUAUUUCAGAUAUGGAUUACUGCUCUAUAAAAGUAUUUUACCACA